AUGGAUAGUAUCUCUGUACUGCCACUUGAUGCAGCAGACAUGGGGGCGGGCCCCAAAAGGGGAAGAAGACCACUUGAAGUGCCAGAGGGUGGAUCAGUGACAAACCGCCGAAGGAUGCAAAAUCGCAUGGCCCAGCGCGCGUAUCGACAGCGUAAGGAGUCUGCCAUUGAUAUCCUGAAGCAGAAAGUUGAAGAGCUGGAGCGGUCGAAGGAAGACAUGGGGAGGGAGUUUAUUAACUUCACUUCUGUCAUUCUUGAGCAGGAUACUGUCAAGAACAAUCCGCAGAUCAUUGAACAUAUUAAGCAGACCACCAUAAGCUUGCUAUCCAGCGCUCGAGAGGUAGAUGAGAGUGAGAGACCUGGCGUCGAAGUUGGGGAGCCGAAUGACAUUCUCAACGAUCUCCCAGUCGAAGACCCAGCUGAACUCACACCACCAAUUCCGCAAGCCCAGACAUUCGACUUUCCUAUGAUGGACGGUGGCGGACAGAUGGACUACACCACCAGCCCAAUCGAUCCCAUGCUUUCCCAGCAACGGCCCAAUUCCGAUUCGACACCACACUCGUUCGAUGCAACCUCCUACUUCCAGCUUCCCACCACCCAAACGCCCUUCUACGACAUGACGUACCAACUCCCCGGAUCAACGUGGGACUCUACCCUGCCCAACCCCCGAUCCUACGCAAGCCAAGAGCUCAACUUUGGCCGGCGGUACCACAGAGCCUCUCAGGAGGCUGCUUUUCUUCUAGCGUCAAUGAGACAUGCGCCUCCUGGAUGGUAUCGCAAGGUCUUUGGCUUCUGCAUGCAUUUUGAGACGAGGGAAGAGAUAAGCAGUCGAUUGGGUGAAGCACUGCGCAAGUCGAAAGAGAUGACGCUUAAUAAUUGGAGGUUUCCGUUCACUAAUAUUGGUGGUGCUGGGACAUUCUUUCCUGAUCAGGGCCAUGGUAGUGGCGAUUUACCGAUUGGCAACAGAUCACUGGAGCAUGAGGCGUAUAGACCCCCCGAGAUGUCAGGCUUCUCAAUGGGACCCUUCGGACCCUCCAUCGAACAGAUCAGAGAUUUACGCUUGAAUCCUCAGUUACGCAUUAUCGAUCCUGAAUAUGACGGAGACUUCUUUGAUGCUGAUGAGAUUGAGAUUUGUCUCCGCGGCUACGGUGUUACUAUUCCAGCGGGCAAAGACUUCGUCACAGCUUACAUCGACAUGAGUAUGUUUGAGCGAACCUCAGAUUCAGAGACGAGUUCUGGACCUAACACGCCUCCUGACAUGCCAGGUAACGGGAAUUUCGAAGAGGAAGAUCUUGAAAGUGACGAGCCUGCUUCGUUUUCAUGCCCCGCUGGCUUGAUGGGUAUGGCGAUGGGAGCUAUGCCGCCCCCGCCGAAAGGUAAAGGGCCUGGGGAGCGGUGGAAGACGCCUAGUAAACGGGACACAAAGGUCAAGAUUGAUGUUGAAAGACUGAUCAUGUGUCUUGUCAACUCAACUGUGUGUCUCGGAAGAACACCAGCCGUUCGUCCUAUGGAUAUCCGUAAGUCGUUAAAGAUGUCCAUCAUGCAGGAAGACUAG